UUCUAUUCGUGCUCGAUAGUUGACAGUGGGAAACCAUGGCGAUCGCCUAUUCCUUGUUGGCAGCUUCAUUGCUGUUAUGCUCAUUGCUUGUCACUGCUUCUGCCAAUGAUUAUGCUGCUUAUGGAACUAAACCAAACUCCUAUAAACCACAGCCAGAAGAUGAGGAAAAGGCAAUGCCAAAAGAGACGGAAAAGCCUGGUUACAGCACGGAACCAGUCUACCAAAAGCAGCCGGAAAAGGAAGAAAAGCCUGAUCGUGGCACUGAAAAUGACUUGUACCAACAGCAACCGGUAGAAAAUCAAAAGCCGGAGUUCGAAAAUGAAGCCAAGUCUGAUUACCCAAACAUCAACAAGCCACAACCAGAAGCAUAUAAAAAACCAGACUUGUAUCCAACAACACCUGAAGUUCUCCCCAUUGGCGUUGAAGGGCUUGUUUUAUGUAAAUCAGGUCCCAAGUAUUAUCCAAUUCAAGGAGCUUUGGCGAGGAUAACAUGUGUAGCUGUUGACGAGAAUGGAUACGAGAUGACUCACUCUAUUUGCAGCGGAGAAACUGAUUCAAAGGGUUACUUCUUUGCAAGAUUAUCUCCUUCAGGCCUUGAUAACGAGGGUGAUAAAUUGAGCAAGCUCACAGAUUGCAAGGCUUUCCUUGAAAGCUCUCCAUUGGAGAACUGUAAUGUUCCCGUGGAUGUCAAUAAAGGCAUUAGCGGCGCUCAUCUUUCGGAUUUCCGUCUUCUCCACCAUAUGGAGAUGAAGCUUUUCUCCGUAGGACCUUUCUUCUUCGACUCUCAACCUAAUUCGGUCCCUAAUGGUUACUAAACAAACAGCUUAAUUCUUCUAUUAUUAUUGUUUGCCGUCUGCUUUGGUAUUGAAGGAGACU